AAUACAUAGCUCGAGUAAAGCUAGGUUUGCCCAACUAAACAGCCAAACACGGCUUUUUAGAAAUAAUAAAAAAAGUUCUCAUUUCUUUUUUUGCACGCUUCCUCUCCCUUCUGCAAACCCCUUAAAAAAUGGCGACAUCUUCUAGACGAACGAGCGGUCCGGUUCUCCGAUCCCUCUCCCCAUCCGGCCGCUUCUGUUCUCACUACGCUUCUCAGUCUUCAUCUUCUUCCUCUUCCUCUGCUUUUGCCUUUUCGAGUUCAAGCUUUUCUUCACGCUCUUCAACUUUCUUUAAUCAACACAGAUCUAUCUCUCCGCCACGUGUCAAUAUGUACAACCACUCUUCAUCGGCGCCAUCUGUGCGUUUCUCGCUGGAUAACCGCCCGAUCUCGCCGAACCGUUCGAUAGCCACCAUCCGUAGAAACACCGAUGCGGUGCAGAAUUUAGAGAAGCGACAGCAGAAGAGGACUUGUAUGUGUUCCCCAACGACGCAUCCGGGAUCCUUCCGUUGCAGUCUUCAUAAAGGUUUCAAUAAUUCGAAUGCGGUGUCGAGUUACGCACCAAGCAAUCGGCUCAACGCGCGUAGAUCUGCGAUGACAAACUCGCUGGUGAGGAUUGGUGGAGUCGAAGGAGAUCUGGUUAAGAGAGCUUUGUCGGCUUUGAUUAGGCCUUCCUCUCACCAGCAGCGUCGCCGAGCAGCGUUCCAGCCGAGGCCGAGCCGGCUUUCCGUGAUGUCUAAAGCGGAGGAUUUAUGAAGAUUCCUUUUGCGGUAUUUGAAAUGGACAACUCCUAAUCAUGAGUGGUUGGGUUUUAGUUGGAGGCACGCAAGGGAGAAUUGAACUGAAUGAUUUAUUAGGCCUUGAACUCUAAGAUAACCCUUACCCGUUUGCUAAAUUUGAUGGAAAUUAAGGGAAAGAUAUGGAAACCAUAAAUAUGAUGGGAUUAAAGAACAAACCGAAAUAAAAGAAAACAGAAAUGACAAAAAAAUAAAUUAAUUUCAUUAGAGUAGACAAUAAUAAAUUAGAAAUGUUUAUAUCCCACAAAAGAGUUGAGUUGAUAUUGGUGUUGGUAACAUGAUGAAAUUUGAUUGAUUUUGUAGAAACAAAAAGUAGGAUUAAAAUGAUUUUAAGAUUCUCAUGUGAAGUUGUUUUAGUGAAGACUAAAAACAUAAAUUAGAUAUUCGAUUAAAUACAUCAAUCGAAUCCAUAAUCUCAUCAAUAGAAACAUCACUUUAAUUGUACACAUUAAAGACAACAAAAUGAACCUCUCCAGGAAUAUCCCUCAACAACUAAUCUUCAGUCCUGCCCUGUUCUCUUAUUUUUUUAAUUCACAAUCCCCACAAUUAUUUUAUUUAAAACAUUUAAUAUUUUAAAUGUAUUUGAUAAUGAUUUUAAAUUUUAUAUUUAUAUAAAAUUUUUAAUAAAAAUAUUGAAUAAGAUAAAUAGGUAGGUGAUUAUCAUAUAAUUUAAAAAUAUUAAGUUGAAUUUUUAAUUAAAAUAAAUGAGAUAUUUAAAUUACAUAUUUAUCUUUCAUCUAAAAUUAGAGAAAAUUAUAUAAAAUAUUAUAUUGAUAGAUUAAAAUUAAAAGAAAUAGUCUUUUAAAAAUUAAUAUUUAUUUUAUCAAAAACAUAAUUGUAUUUUAUACUUAUAUUUAUUAAUUUACCAAAUAUUUUUAAGAAAAAUUUAACCCUUAUAAAAUUCGGGUGUGUUUGAUAAACUGAAAUUUAAGUGUUAAAUUUUAAUACUAAAUUUUAUAAGUGCUGAAUUUAUAUUAAAAAUUUGUUUAGUCAAUUAGUAAAUGUAAGUACUGAAUAUAAUUUUAUUAUUUGAUAAAAUUAAAUACUUAUUUUUAAAAUAUUAUUAAUUUUUAAAUUUUAGUCUUAUUAAUCUAAUAUUUUAUAUUAUUUUGGAUGGUUUUAGAUAAAAAUAAAUAAAUAUGAUAACUUAAAUAUGUGAAUGAUUAAAAAUGAUAAUUUAUUUUAAUUUUGUAAUAAAAUAAAAUCAACACUUUUUAUUUCAAGAGAAGUUGGCAAAGAAGGCGACAUAGGCAACGAGUGGAGGGAACCAUCAGAGCGAAAAUAUAGGAAGUAAAAACAAGAAAUAAUAGUGGAAAGAUUGUGGGGGAUGAGAUGAUUUUAGAUUUCAGGUUAAAGAAGAUAGUGUUAUUAUUAUAUUAAUUGGUUGGAAAAUCAAAUUUUGUCAUUCAUUUUAACAAAUGCUUAGUAUGAAUUUGUUUUAAGUGAUCUGUAAUGAAAUUUGAUUUCGUCUUUAACAUCAUUAUCCAAUUAAUUGUCUUUCAUAAA